UACCACAGUACUCGCUUGCCACACUAGCGCCAGAACAUAAGGCCAACUUGAACUGGAAAUGUGCAGCGCCUAUGUGUCGGCUCCAGCUGGUCUCUCCUGUGGUUCUCCAUAGUCGGUGUUGCUUCUGCCCACCGAGACACGCUUUUGAUAACACCAUCAUUAUCCCGUUAUGGCGUCGAUAGAAUCGCGCAAAGAUGAGGAGGCCACCAUCAAGGUCGCCUCGGCCAAAAACUCCGUCGCUCCCUCGGGGCCACAGUCAUUCGGCAAAAUCAAACUCAAGAAAGCUGCGCCAAAACAGGUCAAGGCUGGCAAUUGGAAGGAGGCCACUGUUCUUGAAGACGACAAGAAGAAACCCAAAGAAGGUGCAAUCACCGCCACGUCACCCGGACCUGUCAUCAACCAGCUCGAUGAUAGCAGCCGCGAAACCUUCAGCACCGGCCGGCCCCUCGAAGAUCUUCCGGACAUGUUUCAAUGCAAGCACUGCAAGAAGGGCAUCACGCGAUCUGCGGCCAAGGACCAUAUUGCGCAGUGCCUGAGGAUCAAGAAGGAGAAAGCACAGCGCAAGAAGGAGGCCCGGGAGGCGCGUGAACGGUUAAAGGAAGCUGCCAGGGAGGAAGAGGCACGCAAGGCCGAAGGGGACGGUGCCGCCCGGGGCGACGGCGACAGCGACGACGACGACGAGCAGAAGGACGGCAGCGCCGGCAAAACAGCGGGCAAGGCAAAGAAGAUGAAUGUCGCGGGCAAGAAGAGGAAGGCCGAAAGCGAGCUUGAUAAGAGCAAGGCCAAGAAAAAGAAGGAUGAGCCCAAACCGAAAGCGGCGAAGCCAAAGGGACCCGUGGACGUUGAGAGGCAGUGCGGCGUGAUCCUGCCUAAUGGCCAGCCUUGCGCGCGGUCCCUCACCUGCAAAAGCCAUAGUAUGAGCGCCAAACGCGCUGUCCCUGGCCGGUCGCUGCCGUACGACAUGCUUUUGGCCAAUUACCAAAAGAAGAACCAAGCGAAGCAGCAAAAGGCCGCCAUUGAUGCCAACGCGCCCUUGGAGGACGAGGACGAUGCCAACGCAGGGACAGUCGACAGUGACGAGGAGACAGCUGCUGUGAUGUCAGCCCUGGCCUGCUGGAACCCGCAGCCGGUCGUGCCGCAGCCUGUAUUCGCACCGACUAAGCGUCAGUAUCAGUUAGCACGCCUCCACGAACAGUUACAAACCGCGACCAACGGAGGACGAGUCAACAUCUUCAAGGUCGUCGGCUACGGCGCCCAGCGACUUCCCGAGGGGCACCCAGGCCUCGUCGACUCUGAGGAUGCACCGGGUGAGCCCGAUCCCGCGGUCGUGGGGGGCGGGGGCGACUUCUCGCGGCGAUCUUCGAGCUUCAGUUUCGGGGGACCGUCGGAGCGACGGCCAUCGGUGACCGGUCGAGCGUAGAGUUCUCGAUCCCAGAGCGUGCCGUUAGCUCGACAACCCGGUAAUUCUGGACCUAGUCUGUAUUCGCACAGCCGCCUUGUCCCCACCGCAACUGCAAGUAGUUCGCUUCAACAGCAGCCCCCGCGAGUCAUUGCGGCACGAUCCACCCCAGCGAUGGGCUCGACUUCCCGCCCGAGCAUGACGCCACCAACUCCCUUACAGUUGCCGAUGCAGGCGCAGGCCACCGAUGUGACGGCCU